AUGUCCACCACUGAUGCUGGAACGGGCAGCUUUGAAGACCGUGGGCCCAGUGUGUUCGCCGUCACGACUGCAACGCUCGUCCUGGCAUCGGUAUUCGUAGCCGCAAGGCUAUAUACCCGGCUAGCCAUUGUACGACAAGUCACCUACGAUGACUGGUUUAUCAUAUUGGCAUGGUUUCUUGCAUUUGGUGUCAGCUUCACGAUCGAUCUAAGUACUAGACGUGGGCUCGGAAGGCAUGAUAGUGAUAUCGGUGCGGAUAACUGGAACGCACUGAGGCGCUGUGAAUAUAAUCCUGCUCUCAUGGCUACGAAGACUUCUAUUUUGGUUUUCUACCUACGCUUGUCCAGAAACACCCAGCAAGUUCUUCGCAUAGCGUCCUGGGCCACACUUGUGGUUGUCAACGUUGCUGGGACAGUGCUUACUCUGCUCAACAUCUUCCAGUGCCGUCCUAUACAAGCAGCCUUCGACAAAUACCCAUACCAGGCGCAGUGUAUCCCGCUUCUUACCGAAUUCAUAUGUUCAGCACCGGUCAACAUUGUGACAGACCUCGCCAUUCUAGCUCUGCCCAUUCCCGUGCUCACACGUAUGAGGUUGCCUUUUCGGCAAAAGAUAAUUCUAGUCUUCACUUUCACUCUUGGUAUUUUCGUCACAGUUGUCGAUGUCAUCAGGAUAUACUACCUUCAACAAGCAAUAACCUAUAUAUCUCCCACGACGUCAAGCAACUCCGAGGCUACCUUCGGCGACCAAGCCGAGUUUGCAUUCAAUGCAUCUUUCUCUUUGAUGUGGUCCGCAGUCGAAGUCAACAUCGGCAUCGCCUGUGCCUGCAUACCCACGCUCAAGCCGCUUAUUGUGCGCAUCCUGCCGGCGAUGCUCGUUGAUCCCGACGGUACACGAACAAUAUCGGGUUCCACGGGGAAACAGGCGUCGGAUUCUUCGAGGCAUUACAGUGAUGAUGGACCUAUAAUGCGACCGCUUCAGACAGUACCCGAGGUCCCCUCGCAAGCCUCUGACGAUGCGCAUACAACCGAAUUGCCCGAACCCGAAUAUAGCGCCAUGGAGUUUCUUACGACACCCAAUAUGACAGGAAUAGGCGAUCCAGCUUCACCCACGAGACUUGCGCGAACCUCGACAGCCCUGACUGCUGCAACCACCACUACCAGCGGUGGAGGUGAAAACUCGGUGUAUUUUGGCUUUGUGAACAUGAAGAAGCCCAAGAGCAUUACUCGGACGUCAAUAAGAGAAUCAUGGAAGUACUGCACACUGGUUAUUAUCUUGUUUGUGCUUUGGGGCUUUUCUUACGGGCUUCUGAAUACGCUUAAUAAUGCUAUUGCAUCUGUGGCCAAAAUGAGUACUGCUCAAACGAUCGGGCUCACUAGCAUGUACUUUGGCGUUGGAUACCUCCUCGGACCUCUCAUUGUAGGCGAAUGGAUUUUACGACACGACGAGCAUCGGCGAACGAAGAAGCAUGACGGCAGUUCGACAGUUGGCGGUUUCAAAGCGACUUUUAUCGUCGGACUCUCAAUAUACGGAAUUGGAACAAUCAUGUUUUGGCCUAGCGCAGUUCUGUCCUCCUUCCCUGGUUUUAUGAUCUCUAACUUCGUGGUCGGAUUCGGUCUUGCGGUUCUGGAAACAGCCGCAAACCCUUUCAUUGCAUUGUGCGGACCCUUGAACUACGCAGAGAUGCGCCUUCUCUUGGCGCAAGCGAUACAAGCCGUUGCCACGGUGAUCAGUCAGCUUCUCGCGCAAAAAGUCUUCUUUACAGAAAUUGAAGGCUAUACAGGUAUUGAAGGGAGCGCGAAUGACUCCACCCUUCUCUUGGACGUGCAGUGGACAUAUUUGGCAAUCACCCUCUUGUGCGCGGCACUCGCACUUUUCUUCUUCUACACUCCUCUCCCAGAAGGUACCGACGCAGAAAUCGAAAGAUCAACGAGGUAUCUCCCAAUUGACCCGAAGAAACGAAGCAUAGGAGGAUUGCAACUCCGAACAUGGACUCUUAUUUUCGCCGUGCUGGCACAAUGGACUUAUGUCGCGAGUCAAGAGUGUAUGAGCAUUUUCUUCAAAGGCCUCCUGACGCCAGUUGCACCUUCUCAAGUCGAUACUGAUUCCGCUUCGCUCGCUCUCUCCCUGCCCGACUAUUCGCUUGUCGCUCAUACAGCGUUCGCCUUGUCAAGGUUCUUGGCGGCGUUUUUGGCUUACCUGUCUCCCAAGUAUUCCAAAGUUCCUCAACCGCGCACUGUUCUCAACAUUUGUGUAGGACUUAGCAUACUGUUCACCAUUCUGGUAGUCGUACUACGGCCUUCAAAUCCAAAUCUGCAGGCCAUCCCGGUGAUUUUGUUCUACUUCUCGGAAGGCCCAAUUUGGCCAUUAAUUUUCACGUUAGGGUUGCGCGGCCAGGGGAGACGUACGAAAAGGGCAUCCGCCUACAUUACCAUGGGGGCUUCUGGUCCGGCAUUCUGGCCUUUCGUCAUAUAUGCAAUACAUCAGCAUGGGGCAAGCUAUCACAUCGGUUUUAUCAUUUUGGUGGGCCUCCUAUUCUUUACGGCACCAUUCGCCGUCUUCCUUAGCCUGAAUAAGGAUGCGCGAACGCUUGUCGAUGCGCGGGUUGGAAAGGAAGAACAGCAACGCCUGCAGUCCGGACAACAAGAGCAGAUGGAUCUGGACGAGAUCAUCAGUUCGCGGAAACGGACCACCUACGAUGGCACGGGAGAGAUGAGCGUGAUCAGGAAGAUGUCUGUCGCCUUCACGAAUCCUUUCAAGAAUAGAAGUGUUUCUGAUCCGUUAUCAUUCGAACAUCGCGAAGACACCAAAGGUGGAGCUGGCUGA